UCUGAAUUGAGAUAUUUGUAGUAAUCAAUAAUUGAAAAUAUUGGAGGUCAGUCGAAUAGUUUCUAGGAUUUUCCACGAGUCAAUCAAUACUAGAUAGCCGCCGUGGUCCUGCAAAACCAAAACGUCCCCUAUAAAUACAACAGUAAAUCUUCUCAUUUUUCAAACACAAACAAAUUCUACUCAAUCACCUUUUUCUUCCUUCAAUCUUGACCAACAUGGCAAACUUUAUCCUGUUUUCGCUUCUCAUUGUUUCCCUUCCAUUCCUAGCCACCGCCGCAUCCUGCGGUGGUUCAUGCAGAGACUUGAACGACUGUGACGGUCAACUUAUCUGCAUUAAUGGAAAAUGUAACGACGACCCCGACGUCGGAACCCAUAUUUGCAGAAGCGGAACGCCACCUUCCGGUGGUGGCGGCGGUGGCAGCUGCCAGCCGUCGGGAUCACUCACGUGUGCAGGUGUAACUAAACCGACGUACACGUGCUCCCCGCCAGUCACCGGGUCCACUUCAGCUAUACUAACUCUCAAUGACUUCAGCGCCGGCGGUGACGGCGGUGGCCCGUCGGAAUGUGACAACAUGUACCACUCCAACACCGAAAGAGUGGUGGCGCUUUCCACCGGGUGGUACGCCGGCGGGUCGAGGUGCGGAAGGAUGAUCAGAAUCACGGCAAGAAACGGAAGAAGCACGACGGCGAAGGUGGUCGACGAGUGUGACUCGAGGCACGGUUGCGACGCCGAGCAUGCUUAUCAACAGGCUUGUGAUAAUAACAUCGUUGACGGUUCCGAUGCUGUUUGGAAAGCAUUAGGUCUCAAUGAAGAUCUCGGACGAGUUCCGGUUACUUGGUCCAUGGCAUAAGCGCUUUACCCACCAAUACUUUUACGAAGAUACCCUUAAGUUGGUUUCUAAUAAAUUACUACUAAUAAAGUUUCUAAUAAGGAUAUAAAUAUCAUGGUCUCUGACCAUGAUUUUAGGAACAAAAAUAAUGUAACUGACUCUACUUGAUGAGUAGAGAAACUUGUUUUCCCCCUUUUAAAUAAUGCAUGCAUGAUGCUUGUUCUGAAUUAUGAAGUUUUAUUGCAUAACCGUUUGUUUUUCCCAAAGUUUGGUUUAUGUUCAAAAGUUCCAACAUUUCAAUCGAACUACACGUAUUUCCGAUCCACAUGCAUAUCAUAAUGAUCUAGGGUUUACGUAACUUCUCA